AUCUGACAAUUAUUAAUCCCGUCGUAUAUAUAUUUAAGGUUCGCGGAAACGAUAGAGAAUUCUUUCAACAUGAUGCUUCUGUUUCAAAUGCUCGGUUGCACAACUCAGCUAUGCUCUCAGACGUAUCAAGUUAUUAUGUCACUUGGAGAGGAAGCGAUAGAACAUAUGAUUUUGCAAAUUACGUUCCUGUUGAUAUACGUAAUUUACGUGAUGUUGCAAUUGCUCUUAUAUUGUUACAUGGGCGAAAAAUUAACUGUCGAGAGUACAGAAAUUGCCAAUACGGCGUACAAUGCCGAAUGGUACAAUUUACCUCCCAAGAAUGCAAAAUGGCUUGUAAUUAUCAUGUGCCGUGCCAGGUCUUCACCCUUACAAAUUUCAGCAGGCAGAUUUUGUUGGUUUACUUUAGUUCUAUACUCUCAGGUCUUAAAAACCUCGAUGGGGUAUGUAUCUGUUCUACACGCAAUGAAAAGUAAAUAAUAUACCUCUGCAAAUUUUACAAUGUCUAUCAACUUGAUAAAAGAAGCGCUACGAUAAGAAUAUUUAGUAUAUUUCUCUAAAUGAUAAAUUAUAUAUCAGUGCAACGAGAAUUAAAAUGGUGAGACACACAAUUAGGCACUGUGGAAAGUCAUAACAUUAUUCAUUAUUAAAGAGAUUCUCCGAGACCACGAGUACUUUUCACAAAACCUUUCCUUCUGCAUCUUGACAUUAUCCCGUUUUUUCUUUUUCUUUUUUUUAACAUAUUAUAUUUAGGGUGUUUCUUUCAGC